GUCGCACCCUCGGUGGCCGGUAGACUCAAACGCCUCUCCGUCCAAGGUCCAACUGCCCAACGGAAAGGGGUGGGCCUGGGAGAAUUUCGGGGAAACCGGGAAAGAGAGAGAGAGAGAAAAUAAUAAUAAGGAAGACAGAAAGCCAGAAGUAAAUACAGGUAUAAUUUAUUGCCUUCUGCUUCCUGGUAGAGGACUCUGAACUCCCGAGAGGAGGUUUGUUUCGGUCUCUCUCUUCCCCGCUGGCCGGAUUUUCUCCGCAGGGGCGGAAAGGAUGGCCACCCCGCGCCCCUUGGCCAGGAAGCCGAAGGCCACCCCGCCACCCCACUAUUACGAGGGCUUCCUGCAGAAGAAAAACCCGUGGGAAAAGGACUACCAGAGAUACUGGGCUGGGCUUCACGGACUCCUUCUGUACUUCUACAAUGCCAGCCGGGAUGUCCAGUAUGUUGAGAAAAUUGACCUGGCCGAUUUCGUCUCCCUCACCGACGAAACCCCCCCAAGAAUGGUGGGAACCUGGUCCUCAGAAGGGGUGAGGAUGACCCUGAAGACGAGAACACGAGAAGUGAUGCUAAAGCUGGAGAGCCUGGAGUCCCGGGAGAUGUGGAGAGGCAUUAUUCUCACCGUGGUGGAGCUGAAAGUGCCUUCUACUCUGGCAUUGCUUCCCGGACACCUUUAUAUGCUGUCCGAAGCGCUGGAGAAGGAGAAACAGCGUCGCUCCAAGCCAAGCCAAGCCAACGUGAAAGAAGAGAAGGAACUUCCAAGCUGCUUCUUCAGGGUCUCUCGGACAGAGGCCGAGGUGCUUCUGGAGAAAAAUGAAAACUGCGGAAAUAUGUUAUUACGGCCCGGUAGAGACGGGAAAAGCAUCUCUGUGACCACACGGCAGGACGUGAACGGAACCGUCACUGUCAAGCACUAUAAAAUCCAGGUGGAUUGUGGAGAAUACAUCAUUGAUGUGGAAGAGCCGUUCCGCUGUUCGUCGCUCGCCCAGGUGGUGGAGUUUUUCGUGACCAACAGCAAAAGGGUCCUGGUUCCACUGUCCGUCGACGAGAGCUACGCCAUGACGUUGGAGAUCAUGGAGAUGGAUAAAGAAAGCGGGGAAAGCAUCUCGGUGCCGGCCAAGACGGCUGGGGCGCCCCCAAAACAUCUGAAAGGUAGCCCUGGAGGAGAAAAACCGUCCCUGCCCCCGAGAGACCGACCACCUCUUCCCCGUCCUCCACCAGUCCCCCCAGUUAAGCCCCCAGUCCCCACCAGAGAGGACCAACCCGAGCACGUCUACAUGCAGGAAGAUCCCCCGGAGCAGACCUACAUGAACGACGCCUCACCUGUCUUCAGAAGCCCCCCAAAAGUGACUCAAAGAACCUCUGGCCGCCUGGCGUCGCUCCCCAGAAGUUUUUCGAUUGGCAUGUCUGAGGAGCUGGAGCGGAAACUCCAGGAACGGAGGGCCACCCUUCAAGAAUGAGAACCCGCCAGCCUCUGGCUUUCAGGGAGAAGGAUCAGUGCUCUCGAACUCGCGCUUUUGGGCGUCUCUGGACUCCGAGAUAUAAACCAUUGCUUAUCCUUUUUUGCAAGAAAAAGGCAAAUUUUCAGUUUGAUUUCACAGCUCUGAGCUAAACGGCCCAAGGGUGUGGCUUGGGCCAUCCAGAGUUUUUUUUAAUUUGAAAAUUCGGUCAAAAUCAUGAGGACCGGAUUCUCUUUAUUUCCAAUGUGUGGGGGAUCUUUUUGCUUGGGGGGGGGGUAAGAGUUCGACAGAGCCGCCAGACGUUCCACAGGGGAAAUAGCUAAGCUGGAUGGCCUGAUCUCAUCUUGUGACGGAGAGUCCCACCGGGCACUGAGACGUGGAAAAAAUGCAUGGCGCCCAGUCCACAUACAAACACAGCAAGUUGGUGGGUUAUGCAGAAAUCUAAAGUUUAUUAUUAAGGCCGGAAGCUGAGUUUUCGUGUGUGUAGUGAGACAGUAAAAACACAAAUUUUUCAAACAGAAAUAUUAAUUCAAAAUAAAAUUCUCUAGACUCUCA